AAGUCCCACGAUCAUGGCACGUCAUCAGCUCUUCAGCUCCCUGCUUCUUCUGCUGGCCAUCUGGGCCGUAACCUGUACGGCACAGACUCCGCUCCGGCGACGCCUGCGCCUGCGUCCGGUGACCUUUGCCCGCCAGGAGGUGGCACCCACGCCCUAUCCAUCCGCCGCCGAGCUUAAGCCUGCCGCCGAACAGCCUGCCCUGACCUACGGACCUCCAGAGGACGUGGACACGGACGCCUUGCCGUCGGAGCAGGAGCCACCGGUGGACAACUUCGAGCCCAGCCCGGAGACCGAGGAGGUGGACACCGAGGAGAGCUCCCUGGAGGCGACCACGCCCUCCUCCGCCCCCGCCCGUCUGCGCAGCCGCCAGAGGUUGGCCAAGUUGCAGCUGGCCAAGCCCAAGCGUCUGCGCCAACGCAUCGCUCGUCUGGAGGAGCUGCCCGUGGAUGAGGCAGUGGCUCCAGUCGCUGCAGUGGCUCCUGUUGCACCAGCGCUGGCCACGCCCCAGUUCUACUACGUGGGCGCGGGCCAGCAGCCCUAUUACCUGUCCUACAACGCCGCUCCCCAGCAAUUGGGCUGGUAAACAAUAGCUGAAUUUCCUAUUUGUACAUCGCUUGGAUUUGAUUUGUUUUAGUCGUUGAAAAUAUAUUUUUGA